AUGGAACAUCUAGUGGGUAUGUUUGGUCCUGAUAUGGAUAACGACCUCUAUCAUGAUGAUGACAACGUUAUGGAAGAAUUAUCAAACCUGCCACCAGAGGAAGAGGAAGGCAACAUAGAGUAUAAGCUGAAGUUGGUGAAUCCUUCAGAGUUUAGAAUGGAACACCUGGUGACACAGAUGAAAUGGCGACUAGAGGAAGGGCAUGGGGAAGCUAUCUAUGAAAUUGGAGUGGAGGACAGUGGUUUUCUUGCUGGUCUGUCAGAUACUGAGCUGGAGGCCUCUCUGUCCACACUGCACAGGAUGGCUGAUAGAUUGGGUGCAUCGCUGGAAAUCUUGCGUGAAAAAGUCACUGACGAUGACCAGCAGGGCCAGAAGAAACGUGCCCUUGAAGUGCUCGUCAGAAAGGUGCCAGACGAUCAGCAGUUUAUUGACCUAAAACUGGCGGUGUUGGGAAAUGUGGAUGUUGGCAAGAGCACACUGCUGGGGGUCCUGACUCAAGGAGAGCUGGACAAUGGCAGAGGGCGUGCCCGGCUGAAUCUGUUCCGUCACUUACAUGAAAUCCAGUCCGGGCGCACUUCUAGCAUCAGUUAUGAAAUCAUGGGCUUUGAUGAUAGUGGAAACGUAGUCAACUACAGUGCAUGUCGGACUGUUGAGGAGAUCUGUGAGAAGUCUAGCAAACUCAUCACUCUGAUCGACUUGGCCGGACAUCACAAAUACUUGAAGACCACAGUGUUUGGGCUGACAGGAAACUGUCCAGAUUUUGCCAUGCUUGUUGUCAGUGCAAAUACUGGAAUUGCUGGUACCACUAGAGAACAUCUUGGUUAUGCCCUGGCCCUGGAUGUGCCUGUGUUUGUGGUGGUCAACAAAGUGGAUAUGUGUCGUCCUUUGAUGCUGGAGAAGACGUUGACACAACUGGAGCAGAUUCUCAAGUCCCCAGGGGUGAAGAGAAUACCCAUACGCAUACUGAAUUCUGAUGACGCUAUCACAGCUGCUAGCAGCCUGGAGUUACAGAACAUAACUCCAAUCUUCACUGUGUCCUGUGUGACUGGACAUAACCUGGACCUUCUGAAACAGUUUCUAAACAUUCUGCCGCCUGUCACACCACACAGCGAACGAGAGAAACGAGCACAGGACAUGACCCAGUUUCAGAUUGAUGAACUGUUCUCUGUUCCAGAUGUCGGGACAGUCGUCGGUGGCUUGAUACAGAGGGGAUCGAUAAGGCAAGGUGAUCGCCUUUGGUUGGGUCCAGCAGAUGAUGGCAGCUACAGAGAGGUCAAAGUGAGGACUGUACACAGAAAUCGUCUGCCUUGUAGGCUGAUCCAGGCAGGGCAGGCAGCGUGUGUUGCAUUGAUCGAUGUUGGACGGGAGGAAGUCAGAAAGGGUAUGGUACUCUUGAGUCCCGAAUCGCCCUUAUACUGCUGCAAGGUCUUUGAGGCCGAUGUGUACGUUCUCUUUCACAAUAAGUGCAUCACUGUCGGCUUCCAGACUACAGUACAUAUAGGUACAGUGUGCCAGACGGCUGUCAUCACACACAUUGACAGGCCACACAUAAAGACAAAUGAGAAGGCUAGGGUGACAUUCACCUUCAAGUUUAAACCCGAGCAUAUACGAGUGGGCUCUAGGCUAUUGUUUCGAGAUGGAAGAUCAAAAGGAAUGGGUGAGGUCAUUAAAAUUAAACCCUUCGAGGACGUCAUUCGCUGA